GGUUUCUUUAAAGUGGAAUGAAAAGGUAGGCACUGGGAAACUCUCCAAAUACAAAAUCUUUAUAGAUUUUUCCAGUUAUUCAUCAAGGUCUUCCAGAGGAUUUAAUGUCAUUUUUAUAGAAAUAACACCUUUUGACUCUAUUUUCAUGUUUGAUAGAUAUAUAGAAAUAAGUGAGUAGGAGAGUAACUGCUAGCCAGAAACAGCUUUCUGAAGACACCAGCCCAUGUAUUUUUACAAAGGAGAAUGUCAGUUAAUCCGGUGAGAGAUCCUGUAAGACAGCUUCCACUUUGAAUAGGUUCCAUAGGGGCCAUAGGAUCAUAGCAGCCUGUAAUUACUAGAAGAGAAUGUUAUUUACCCUUAUUUAUUUAUUUUGACUCUGAGUGACGUCUACAAUUAGUUUUCAGAACUUAUGUGAAUUCAAGUAAGUGUUCAUUGUCUAUCAGGAGACAUGAUGUUACACUGCAUUUUCACUGGAAAAUGUGGGACAAUUAUUAUUCUUACACAUGAGUCAUUGAGUUGUCAAGGAAACAGUCUGGUCUGGUAUAAUAAGCUGGAAGUCAGUAGUUAGGAGACCUACAGGUCUUAGACCUUAUUAACUCUAAGGUUUUAUGCAAGUUCUUUAUUGUCCAGUUCUUUAAUUACAUAAUGUUCUGUGGGGUACUGGAAACAGCAUGGGCACUAGGGAGCCUGAAGACCUUGGGCUUGAAUUUAGUUUUGCUAGUCAGUACCACGUACUGCAUGUGUGAUCUUAACGUAUAUUAACCUGCCUAAGGCCAUUAAGGAAUUAUCUUACCUCAGUAGUUGCCUCAUAAAUGAUAGCUAACAUUGGCGUACAUAUUUGCUGUCAGACUCUAAAUGCUUUAUGUGCAUUAUCAUAUUUAAUCUUCUCAACAACCUUAUGAGGUAGGUACCAUUUGGUGAAAACUAGGGAGACAAAUAAUUUGUUCAAAGACACAACAAAUAUCUUUAGGAGGAGCCUGAAUUUUAACUGAGGCAUUCUGACUUAGAGCCCAUUCUUACCGAUUGAGCUGUUUUAUAAGAAUGCUUUCUGAAAAAAAAAAAACCAAAACGCUGUCCAUGUGCAGCUGUCUAAUGUUAGGCAUUACAAAGCUAAAUUAACGUUAUAAGGAUCCCCCCUCCCCGCCACAGGAAUUAGAAGAUUAAUUCUUAAAACUAGUGAUUUAAAUUUAAAGACUUGAAGUUUUUCAAGUGAAGAAAACAGUAAAAGCUACUUAAACCACAUGCUAUAAAAUGUUUUAGUUAUGUGGAAAGCAGUAGAUAGAAUGUCAUCCUUUUAGUUUCCAAGAAACUUUUCUGUUUCAUUUCCUGCAUAUGUUCAUUAUAAGUUACUCUUGUGUGAUCUUAUAGAUAUUUCUUAAAGGUUACCUCGAAAAAGCCAACUCUGACCCUACCUAAAAAUGCAUACCCUCCCUAUUCUUUGUCACAGCCUUAUUUUUCUUCAUUGCACCAUGAGUCACAACUUGAUGUAAUAAGCUUAUUUCUUUCUUGGUAUCUGCCUCACCUACAAGAAUAUAAGCAAUGUGAGGCAGGGACUGUGUCUUGUUCAUCGCUGUGAACUAUGUGUCUGACACCUAGGUAGUGCUCAAUUUGAAUGAAUGGAUGGUCUGGUGCUUGAAAAUGAUUGGGACUCAUUGAGUCUUUUGCUUUACUUGCCACCCUUUAUUAGCAUGGCUAACUGAGUGGUAUUUGGUAUGCCAUAUAAAGUGAAACUCUAAGAAUAAGGGUUUUAGGUUUACUCUUGGGAGAGUGGAAUGGAAAACAAUUUGAAACAUGAAUUUCAGCAAAAUGCUUGUGCUUAGUCCCAGUUAAUCUUGUUCAUCAGUAAUGUAAGUGUUCUGAGUGGAAUCUGUACAAAAAUAAUUUAGUGAAUGCAUGUGUUUAGAUCUCAUUACCUUUUGAAAUAAAUUUGGACAGCUAAGCUGUGCACUGAAAACUCCCUAGUGUUCUGAAUGCUAUGUUGCAGAACAUUGAAGAUGUUGCCUUAAAUCUGUAAUAUCCACACAGGUUGAAUUCACUUACGUGCUGCCAACCUGUACUUGCCUACUUUAUUGGGAAGUCAUGUUCAUUUGAAAUGUUUCCGUAAUUACUUUACGUAGUUUUCAUAAUCUGGAUCUCUUGAGGUUGGCUGAAUGUCAUGAUUUCUGUGAAGGGAAUUCCUGAAGCUUGUGUUUAGUGCUCUUAUUUCUGGGUACAGUUUCAGGUGCUGUGCUGGAUAAUCUUUGUGCUUGGUACUCUAUUGCUGGGGAAUCAUUUCUUAAUUGACUAGAUGUUUGCUGUAAUUUUAAGUUUAAAUUGAAUCCUUUUGUAAAAGUGGCUUAAUUCUUUUACUCUUUUUUUCUUUUAGUCUAAAUAAUUGGAUUUAGUUUUAACUUGAAGUAUUUCUGAGCUUGAAAAUUCUGGAGCACUUUUCAAGUAAAAAAUACAGCUGACCUUUGGACAGUGUGGGAAUUAGGGGCACUAGCACCCUGUACAGUCAAAAAUUUUUGUGUAACUUUUGAGUCUCCAGAAACUUAACUACUAGUACCCUACUGUUGACUGGAAACCUUACCAAUUACAUAAAUAGUCAAUUAACAUGUAUAUUGUAUGUUAUAUGUAUUAUAUACUGUAUUCUUAUAAUAAAGCUAAAGAAAAGAAAAUGCUACUAAGAAAAUCAUAAGAGACUGUGUAUUUACAAUACUGUACUGUUUAUUGAUACCAUAAGUUUAUAUCAUCUGUAAGAUGAAUCAUCUGUCUGAAACAGUGAGCAACUGUAACUGCAGACCUCAGUCUAGGUACAUAUCAAGUAAUUCAACUUUUCCUUGUCAUGACUUUUCUCUGCUUCUUGGGAGCACUUCCAGCAUUACUAGUGGCACUUGGCAUGGGUCCCAUGGUGUUAUUCAGGGUUUACAGUGUUGUGCUAAAAAUGAUGAAAAAUAUGCGAGAACUACGAUCACUUUUUACUGUGAUACUGGAAGGACAGAAUGCUCAUGUGGAGAUAAUUAGAGUCAUAGAUAGGAGUCAUGGAUACUUCAGACACUUGAGCUCACAGUAAUACCAACAGGAGGUGGCUACAAAAUUAUUACAGUGGUACAGUAUGUACUGCAGUUAAUUUUAUGCAGUAGUGAUUUGGUACUGUAUCUUGACGUUUGUUUACAUUUCCAUCUAUUGCAAAUGGCACCAUGUACAGUAACCGUAUAGGAUCUGGUUUGUGUAAGUUUUGAUAAAUUUUAACUUUAUAAUUUGUGUAUAUUUUAUGGUAGUAAAUUAUAAAAUAGACUGGGAUCUACAUAUAUUUUAUGCAUUAAUUACAUACAUUUUUCUUAAUUUUUUUCAAUAUUUCUAGGCUGUGGUUUCCCUGCGAGUUUUUUUCAUAUUGUUGCAGUCUCCAAAAAAUUUUCCAAUAUAGUUACUGAAAAAAAAAAAUCUGCAUGAAGUGGACCCACAUAGUUUAAACCCAUAAUGUUCAAAGGUUUUAUAGGAUCACAUUGACAAAAGUACCAUGGAGUUUUAUGAGUCAGCAUAUUUUAUUGUUCUUAUUCCUUCAAUAGUUAUUACAGUAAUUUUCCUCUUCUUCUGGCUUUUCAUGAAAGAAACGUUAUAUGAUGAAGUUCUGGCAAAACAAAAAAGAGAACAAAAGCUUAUUCCUACCAAAACAGAUAAAAAGAAAGCAGAAAAGAAAAAGAAUAAAAAGAAAGAAAUCCAGAAUGGAAACCUCCAUGAAUCCGACUCUGAGAGUGUACCUCGAGACUUUAAAUUAUCAGAUGCUUUGGCAGUAGAAGAUGAUCAAGUUGUACCUGUUCCAUUGAAUGUGGUUGAAACUUCAAGUAGUGUUAGGGAAAGAAAAAAGAAGGAAAAGAAACAAAAGCCUGUACUUGAAGAGCAGGUCAUCAAAGAAAGUGACGCAUCAAAGACUCCUGUCAAAAAAGUAGAACCUGUCCCAGUUACUAAACAGCCCACCCCUCCCUCUGAAGCAGCUGCCUCAAAGAAGAAACCAGGGCAGAAGAAGUCUAAAAAUGGAAGCGAUGACCAGGAUAAAAAGGUGGAAACUCUCAUGGUACCAUCAAAAAGGCAAGAAGCAUUGCCCCUCCACCAAGAGACUAAACAAGAAAGUGGAUCAGGGAAGAAGAAAGCUUCAUCAAAGAAACAAAAGACAGAAAAUGUCUUCGUAGAUGAACCCCUUAUUCAUGCAACUACUUAUAUUCCUUUGAUGGAUAAUGCUGACUCAAGUCCUGUGGUAGAUAAGAGAGAGGUUAUUGAUUUGCUUAAACCUGACCAAGUAGAAGGGAUCCAGAAAUCUGGGACUAAAAAACUGAAGACUGAAACUGACAAAGAAAAUGCUGAAGUGAAGUUUAAAGAUUUUCUUCUGUCCUUGAAGACUAUGAUGUUUUCUGAAGAUGAGGCUCUUUGUGUUGUAGACCUGCUAAAGGAGAAGUCUGGUGUAAUACAAGAUGCUUUAAAGAAGUCAAGUAAGGGAGAAUUGACUACGCUCAUACAUCAGCUUCAAGAAAAGGACAAGUUACUCGCUGCUGUGAAGGAAGAUGCUGCUGCUACAAAGGAUCGGUGUAAGCACUUAACCCAGGAAAUGAUGACAGAGAAAGAAAGAAGCAAUGUGGUUAUAGCAAGGAUGAAAGAUCGGAUUGGAACAUUAGAAAAGGAACAUAAUGUAUUUCAAAACAAAAUACAUGUCAGUUAUCAAGAGACUCAACAGAUGCAGAUGAAGUUUCAGCAAGUUCGUGAGCAGAUGGAGGCAGAGAUAGCUCACUUGAAGCAGGAAAAUGGUAUACUGAGAGAUGCUGUCAGCAACACUACAAAUCAACUGGAAAGCAAGCAGUCUGCAGAACUAAAUAAACUACGCCAGGAUUAUGCUAGGUUGGUGAAUGAGCUGACUGAGAAAACAGGAAAGCUGCAGCAAGAGGAAGUCCAAAAGAAGAAUGCUGAGCAAGCAGCUACUCAGUUGAAGGUUCAACUACAAGAAGCUGAGAGAAGGUGGGAAGAAGUUCAGAGCUACAUCAGGAAGAGAACAGCGGAACAUGAGGCAGCACAGCAAGAUUUACAGAGUAAAUUUGUGGCCAAAGAAAAUGAAGUACAGAGUCUGCAUAGUAAGCUUACGGAUACCUUGGUAUCAAAACAACAGUUGGAGCAAAGACUAAUGCAGUUAAUGGAAUCAGAGCAGAAAAGGGUGAACAAAGAAGAGUCUCUACAAAUGCAGGUUCAGGAUAUUUUGGAGCAGAAUGAGGCUUUGAAAGCUCAAAUUCAGCAGUUCCAUUCCCAGAUAGCAGCCCAGACCUCCGCUUCAGUUCUAGCAGAAGAAUUACAUAAAGUGAUUGCAGAAAAGGAUAAGCAGAUAAAACAGACUGAAGAUUCUUUAGCAAAUGAACGUGAUCAUUUAACAAGUAAAGAAGAGGAACUUAAGGAUAUACAGAAUAUGAAUUUCUUAUUAAAAGCUGAAGUGCAGAAAUUACAGGCCCUGGCAAAUGAGCAGGCUGCUGCUGCACAUGAAUUGGAGAAGAUGCAACAAAGUGUUUAUAUUAAAGAUGAUAAAAUAAGAUUGCUGGAAGAGCAACUACAACAUGAAAUUUCAAACAAAAUGGAAGAAUUUAAGAUUCUAAAUGACCAAAACAAAGCAUUAAAAUCAGAAGUUCAGAAACUACAGACUCUUGUUUCUGAACAGCCUAAUAAAGAUGUUGUGGAACAAAUGGAAAAAUGCAUUCAAGAAAAAGAUGAGAAGUUAAAGACUGUGGAAGAAUUACUUGAAACUGGACUUAUUCAGGUGGCAACUAAAGAAGAGGAGCUGAAUGCAAUAAGAACAGAAAAUUCAUCUCUGACAAAAGAAGUUCAAGACUUAAAAGCUAAGCAAAAUGAUCAGGUUUCUUUUGCCUCUCUAGUUGAAGAACUUAAGAAAGUGAUCCACGAGAAAGAUGGAAAGAUCAAGUCUGUAGAAGAGCUUCUGGAGGCAGAACUUCUCAAAGUUGCUAACAAGGAGAAAACUGUUCAGGAUUUGAAACAGGAAAUAAAGGCUCUAAAAGAAGAAAUAGGAAAUGUCCAGCUUGAAAAGGCUCAACAGUUAUCUAUCACUUCCCAAGUUCAGGAGCUUCAGAACUUAUUAAAAGGAAAAGAGGAACAGAUGAAUACCAUGAAGGCUGUUUUAGAAGAGAAAGAGAAAGACCUAGCCAAUACAGGGAAGUGGUUACAGGAUCUUCAAGAAGAAAAUGAAUCUUUAAAAGCACAUGUUCAGGAAGUAGCACAACAUAACUUGAAAGAGGCCUCUUCUGCAUCACAGUUUGAAGAACUUGAGAUUGUGUUGAAAGAAAAGGAAAAUGAAUUGAAGAGGUUAGAAGCCAUGCUAAAAGAGAGGGAGAGUGAUCUUUCUAGCAAAACAAAGCUGUUACAGGAUGUGCAAGAUGAAAACAAAUUGUUUAAGUCCCAAAUUGAGCAGCUUAAACAACAAAACUACCAACAGGCAUCUUCUUUUCCCCCUCAUGAAGAAUUAUUAAAAGUAAUUUCAGAAAGAGAGAAAGAAAUAAGUGGUCUCUGGAAUGAGUUAGAUUCUUUGAAGGUUGCAGUUGAACACCAGAGGAAGAAAAACAAUGACCUUCGGGAGAAAAACUGGGAAGCAAUGGAAGCAUUGGCAUCAACUGAAAAAAUGCUGCAGGACAAAGUGAACAAGACUUCCAAGGAAAGACAGCAAGAGGUGGAAGCUGUUGAGUUGGAGGCUAAAGAAGUUCUCAAAAAAUUAUUUCCAAAGGUGUCUGUCCCUUCUGAUUUGAGUUACAGUGAAUGGUUGCAUGGAUUUGAAAAAAAGGCAAAAGAAUGUAUGGCUGGAACUUCAGGGUCGGAGGAGGUUAAGGUUCUAGAGCACAAGUUAAAAGAAGCUGAUGAAAUGCACACAUUGUUACAGCUUGAGUGUGAAAAAUACAAAUCCGUCCUUGCAGAAACAGAAGGAAUUUUACAGAAGCUACAGAGGAGUGUUGAGCAAGAAGAAAAUAAAUGGAAAGUUAAGGUCGAUGAAUCACACAAGACUAUUAAACAGAUGCAGUCAUCAUUUACAUCUUCAGAACAAGAGCUAGAGCGAUUAAGAAGAGAAAAUAAGGAUAUUGAAAAUCUGAGAAGAGAACGAGAACAUUUGGAAAUGGAACUAGAAAAGGCAGAGAUGGAACGAUCUACCUAUGUUACAGAAGUCAGAGAGCUGAAAGAUCUGUUGACUGAAUUGCAGAAAAAACUUGAUGAUUCAUAUUCUGAAGCAGUAAGACAGAAUGAAGAGCUAAAUUUGUUGAAGGCACAGUUAAAUGAAACACUCACAAAACUUAGAACUGAACAAAAUGAAAGACAGAAGGUAGCUGGUGAUUUGCAUAAGGCUCAACAGUCACUGGAGCUUAUCCAGUCAAAAAUAGUAAAAGCUGCUGGAGACACUACUGUUAUUGAAAAUAGUGAUGUUUCCCCAGAAAUGGAGUCUUCUGAGAAGGAGACAAUGUCUGUAAGUCUAAAUCAGACUGUAACACAGUUACAGCAGUUGCUUCAGGCAGUAAACCAACAGCUCACAAAAGAGAAAGAGCACUACCAGGUGUUAGGUAAGGACAACUGAAAUAUUGCUGUCUAUGGGUAAUUGACGUUAGGUGUAUGUGUAAUGUGUAUUUACAUAAAUAAAGGAAGCUCACUUCACUAGAGGAAAUAUUCCUUCUUUAUCUCUCUCAGAACUUCAGAUGACAGCCUUAAGCUUUCUUGGAGCUUUAGUUCUAUUUUGUGCAUAUUUUGAAGGUCUUGUAGCUUGGAGGGGUUAUCUUUGCCUCCUUUGACCUUUGUAUCAAACAGAUUCUCUUGUAACUUGGCUGCCUGGGUUUUUGUGUGUUGCCUCAAUACCUGCAACUGCUUCGUUAGUUUAUUCUGUUCUCAGUUUAGAGUAAGUAUCUGUGACCUUUUCUCCCCCUUCCCUUCCUUCCUCCUUUCCUCCUCCCAAAAUAAAAUGACCAUAACAUUUUAACUGAGGUAAGAUUGCUGAACUGAAAGUAAAGUCAUCACAGUGUCAUAAAAUUGAAAGCUGGUUUUUAUUCAAGUUUGCUUUUGUUAGGUAAUCUAAGAAAUUUAUUCAUUAGCUCCUGAAGUGAGAUUUUUACUUGAGGAUAGCUAAACCCAUAAUUAACCAAGUCAUGUUAUGAGCUUUUAUUGUCUAUAUUACCUUGGAAGGCUCAGAUUUGGUAGCAUUUUAAAAUGACUUGUAUUCCAGCGGUGAAUGCAGUUUUUGUUUUUCUGGUUGUAGGUUUUUUUUUUUGUUGUUUUGUUUUUUCUGUUGCUACCUGGAUUUUACCUGUUUUAUGAAUAACUUAAGUCACACUGCCUAGAGUGUAAUUAGAGUAUUCAGAUAUGCACUGAAUACUUCAGAUAUUCUUCUUUUGAAGAUAUUUUCUCUGAAACAAUCAUGAUAUCCUGGAGACUCUGAGGGGCAACUCAUCACUGAAUUAUCCCUUUCAGAACCCCUGAUAAUACUGUGUUGGGCUAUACAAGGCCUCAGGGAGAGCUUAGGUAUUCUGGAAAAGUUGGGAUGGACUUCCAUUUUGAUGUUACAGGAGCAUUUUGUCUCACUUUAGAGUGAUCAUCCUCUGGCCUACCUUGACACAUGCUCUCCUUCAAAAUGCUAAUUCAGGUCAGUUAUCUCUAACAUGACUUUCUAUAUGAUAAGCCCAGCUCAUUCUUCAGCAUAUCAACAAAAGUAAUUAAGCCUCAUCCCAAAUCUUUUAUCCUUGGUAAGCUGACUUCUCCAGUUUCCCAGUGUAAAAAUUCUGCCAAUUUGCUCGCUUUUCCAAAUUAGGAAGUAACCUUGCUUCCUAGGGAAACUCUUCCAUCGCUCCUUCCCAGGACUUCAGCCUUAUUCUUUCCACUGGCUCCCUCUGUUCAGUCUUGAAAACAUGCUCAGAUGGCUUAUUUUAACCUUGUACUUCCUUCAGGUUACCACCGUUAUUUUUUACUUUUUUACUAUUUAGUAUUCUUAAGAAAAUACUCUCUAUCUACUUAUUUAUUGUUAUUGAUUACUUUAUACACUCUAGAAUGGCUUUUCUUCCUGCUAUUUCAAUGAAAUCAUUUUUGCAAAAAUCAUUAAUGAUCCCUAAUUGCUAGAUCCAAUAUAGGCCCUUCUUUUGCAUGUGAUGAGAUACUGAAAGUACUUAUGAAAUAUGUCAAAAAUGCUGAUGUUAGACCUUUGCGUUAUAAGGGAAGGGUUUCAUUUCUAGAGAGCUUAAACAAUUAAAAGAUUGCCUAUUACCCCUUGCCUUUAGACCUAAGCAAUAUUCUCUCUUUAGCAUCUCAUAGAUGUUCUUUAAUAUUUUUCUUUUCUUCCUAAAUACAUAGUCUGCUCAUUUUAAGUCUUGUGAACUAUUUUUGGCUUGUCCGUUGCCACAUUUGUUUUAAUUGUAUUACAUUUGAGACAUAUGAAUCAUUGAUAAUAACACUUUUUCUUUUUGAUUUACAGAAUUAUAGUAAUUUAUUAAAAUAUGUCUGUAUACCCUCACAAUGCAGUUGGCAGACAGCUCCCCUAAGUGAUAGCACAACAUUCUUUUGUCAGCUGAUAAACAUAAGUCCAAGUUUGGCAAGUGGGUGGUUGACAGUAUUAUAUCAUGAAUGAUAGGCUAGAUUGUUAUGAAAAUAGAGGCCCACCAGACCCUCUCGAACUUCUUCAUUCCUUAGGCUCUGCCUGGCAUUGACGUUGAUAAUUCUUCCUUAUGUGCUUAUGUUUUGGUUCCCAUAGCUCUUCUUUAUACCCGUUAAAUGUUUGUGUUACCCUCAGGUUUUUAUCCUUAGCUAUCAUUUUUGCUACAUGUAUUCUCCCUCCCGUAUACUCUAUUUAAACUGACACGAGAUGAUUAAAUUGAAAAUAACACAUUUCUUAAUCAUUAGAAUGUAGGUAAUAGGUUAAUAUAUCUAAUGUCAAGAAACCUUUAAAAAUAUACACAAGUACUUAUGAAUUGUUUAUGAUAAUGCUGCACAUAGUAAAGGGAGAGUUGUUUUUAAAAACAAAUAUGCAAGAGAUAAUAUGCAGUGAUGUAGUUUUUCUAAAUCCUGAUACAUAGUAUUUAGCGUUUCUUAGAACUGAUAUCUUUAAUUUGUGAAAACUUUUCUUUUGGAAAUUUUUUUUCCCAUUACCUAUUUUUCCUCCCCCCCAUCAAAAAAAGAAAAGGGUACCAUCCUCCUCUUUCCAUUUGAGGGGAGUGGGAGAUUGAUUAAGAUGCCUUUUAUAUGAAUUGACAGUAUUGGCAUUUUAUAAUAUACUUUUUUGUUCCCAGAUAUCUACUCUUUAUGUUUCACAUUUGCCUGGUUUCUAAGUUUUCUAGGUGUAUUUCUAACCAAAUCAGAAAACUUUAUUAUCCCAGGUUACCUUAUCUUGGAACCAGUUUGUAGAAUCCUGUUGAGGGAGGAUGAUAAUUUAAAUAGCUGAUACUUCAUGAGUAUGCCUGUAAGCAUAAGCAUGCUUCCAACAUGUGGCAGCUCCUUUAAUCUUCACAACCACCCUGUGCGUUAGGUAGGUAGGUAUUAUUAUUCCCAUGUUACAAAAGACCCAAAGAGAUUCUAUAACUUGUCCAAGGUCAUACGGCUAAUAAAUGGGCGAGCUGGGGUUUAAAUCAAGGUAGUUUGGGUACAGGGCUUGUGUUGUUAAUCAUUGCUUUUCUUCUCCCUAAUUCAGGCACUGUGUUCACUGAUCCCUUUUGUCACUGUUUUCUUUUCUCCUCAUUUUGUCUUUUUAUUUGUUUAUUUUUUUUGCCAGCCUCUUAGAAAUUUUGUCAGUGAAUUCUGACUUUUUCCUAAAGUUGGUAUUUGGUUUGUCAGUAGUGUAUUGGAGAGGCUUACAGUAUUAUCCAGAUGAAAUGGAGGUGAAGCUCUGUGUGUGCUCUCUGUACCCCCUUUAACAAAUAGAUUCUUAAGUGUUUCUGGAAGAAAAAGUCCUUUUGUAGUGCUCCUGAAGUACAAGAGUUAAUGCUCUGGAGAAAAACUUAUCUUAUUUCUACACUGAACCUUGGCUAUCGUAUGGAUCAGGUUUUCAUUUUCUGUAAUAUGUUUACAUAGCACUUUAGAGUUUAAUGUACUAGUGAUCUUUUUAGACUUUCCAAUCAACUGUUAAUAGCCAGUGAUAACUUUGCUUUUUAAUUUUCCAAUUGCUUCUUUCCUCUAAACUUUUUAUUUUGAAAAACUUCACACAUAAAGUUGAAAGAAUAGUACAACACCCAUAAACCCUCCACCUGCUUCAUCUCUUUCUAUAUGUCUACAUAUUUUGUUGUUGUUAAACUAAUUGAAAGUAACUUUUAGUCGUUAUGACAUUUUAUCUCUAAGUACUUUAGCACGCAUCUCCGAAAACAAGACAUUGUUUUACCAAUCAGUGGUACCAUUAUUACAUCCAAAAAGACAAAAUAGUAGUUAUGUAGUAUCUGAUAUUAAACCUUUGUUCACAUUUUGUCAAUCGUACCCAAAGUAGCUUUUUAACUAUUUUCCCCAAACCAGAAUCCAAGGCAAAAUUUAACAUGUUGUGUUUGGUUAAGUCCUCUUAGUCUCUGUAAUGGCUUUUGAAGUUUAAUUUCUGUAGUCAUCUUAUGUGACUUAGAAAACUUCAUAUGAGCUAAAAAAAAAAAAAAUCUAUUUCUGCUCUUUUAAAUUAUUUGUUCACUGGGGUAAGGUUGUAUUCAACCUCUUUUCAUUGCUACUCACUCACUUUAGCUUUACAUUCUCUUGAGUAGGACUUAAUAAAAAUGGAUUACCAGUGUUGUUGUCUUAAAUGUUUUCUAACAGAAUUUGGCUCACAUUCAAAAAUAUCUACCUAAAAGCUUGUUUCCUUUGAAUCCUGAGAUUUUUCUCAUUUUGAUUACCAUUAGUGUGAAUUACUUUGAGUCUAUUUGAAAGGGCCAUGCUAGAUCAAAUGGAAUAUGUACUUUUGGUGUUUGACAAAUGUCUUCUGAUUGCCUUCUGUUGCUUUGUUUUAAAGUGAAAUUCAUUCUUUCUGAUCUUUUACAGAGUGAAGUAAUUGGGAAACUGUUCAUUUGAGGAUAAAAAAGGCAUUGUAUUAUAUUUUGCCAAAUUAAAGCCUUAUUUAUGUUUUCACCCUUUCUACUUUGUCAGAAACACUGAACAGAGUUUUGUCUUUUCUAAUCCUUGUUAGACUACUGAUUUAAAGAAAGAAAAAAAAAAGCCAACUCUGUAGACACCUUCAGAGUUUAGUUUUAUAAUAAAAACUGUUUGAAUAAUUAGACCUUUACAUUCCUGAAGAUAAACAUGUAAUCUUUUAUCUUAUUUUGCUCAAUAAAAUUGUUCAGAAGAUCAAAGUGGUAAAGACAAUGUAAAAUUUAACAUUUUAAUACUGAUGUUGAACACUGUUUUACUUAACAUUUUGGGAAGUAACUGCCUCUGACUUCAACUCAAGAAAACACUUUUUUGUUGCUAAUGUAAUCGGUUUUUGUAAUGGCGUCAGCAAAUAAAAGGAUGCUUAUUAUUCAAA